CAUUUCCAGCUUCCCUGCAGCUUGCCCAGCGUGGACUUCUUCUAAACAGUGGGGGAAAGAGGGAACACCCCUCUCUUCCCUCCGUGGGCUGUCCCUCAGCCACGGAUCUGGCAGCCUUCCUUGUCAUUUAUGGAAAUACGCUGUUCUCCAUCCCUUUUCCUGCGUCAAUAACUCUUUUCCCUACUUGACGCUCGUACUCAUCGCUGUCAGCAGGCGGCUUUGCCCCUGCUGUCUAAUCCAGGCUGUACAGUUCUUGUCAUGGGAAAUCAUUUCCUCUGACCUCUGGCUCUGAUUAUUAUUAUUUUUAUUGUUGUUGUUGCAAUUGUUAUUACCGAUAUUUUCUAAGCUCCAUUUAAAUAUGUCAAAACCUUUCCCGAAAGCUGUUGCCCAGAGCUGAGCACAAUGUUUCGGGCGCGGCCACAUUUGAAAGUUGCUCAUCAAAGAGGUUUUGGCUUGAGGGCUUCUCUUUUAGCUUUGAUUGGGACACCAGUGCAAGGAAGCGAUAAGUAUUUUGAAAUCGCUCAGUGUAGAGCGUUAACCUAGCCAAAACCAGGCUGCAAAGCCACAGUCCCUCAAGGUAGUGCUCCGGGUACCGUGCAUGAGCCGUGCUUAAAUGUGCAGGGCUCCGGACCUCGAGGCAAGACACAAAGUCAAUGGAGUUGUGUUUUGAAAUUACCUCUUCAGCUGGUGGUUUUGAUGCUAGAGCCUGGCUCCUAUGGCUCUGAAUGACCCUGGGUUGUGUUGGGUGGGGUUAGGGCAAUCAGUGUCCUUGGGAGGCUUUGGACCGCAGCACAUUUGGAGGUGUUUCUUAGCACGCUUGACAAAUUGCUGUUGGCCAAAAUGUUGACCCGUGUGAAAUAUGGAGGCCACAGCAUUGUAAAGAGAGGCUGGUCAUGACUUGAAUGUACGUGGCAAGGGAGGCUUCACACCGGCUCUUGGCUCUCUGGCUGGAUUCAGAGAACCAGCAGCCGCAGGGAAUUUGCUUAUGGCCCGCUAAGGACUGGUUGGCCUGUGCCAGCUCUUCUGUCAUGCAAAAGCGCGCUUAGGGUGGAGGAACUGCUCUACCGGAGAGCUGGGGCUUGCUGGAUUCCCCAGCCAGAAGGUGCGUUUAAAGAGAGUGAUGGAAAGGUCUGCCAGUCCUGAGCUAGGAGACCUCCCUCCCGCCCAGCACGCGAGGCUGUCAGCCUGCCAAACUUAGCCAGCCCCUGCCUUGCUGCACUCCGGCAACCCGCUGAUCCCGGUGAGCUGAUGUAGUCCGUUCCUGCAGCAACAUGCCCUGGAAAGCGGCCAAAUAAUUUUCAUACCUGGGUCCCCUUUAUCUCAGUAAACAGUCACGGAGCAAAGAGUCAAGGUCGGGAAGCAGGAGUGUGCUGGAGUUCAUGCGAUGGCCAGGAGCUUUUUGGCACGUAGGAAAUGGUGGUGCUCCUGUGCCAAAACAAUGACUCCUCACUGUUUGGAUGCCAGAAAAAUAAUCCUAUUUAUGUAACUCUGAGCGAAGCAUUCCAGUGCAUGAAUAUUCAGCUCUUACUGCAAAUAGGAAGCUCUUUUACCUGCAGGAUUUAACUCUCAAGCUGUCAUCUCAGCCCAGAUCUUGCCCUUUGGCCGCUGAUGAUUUUUUUGAUAGUGGAAGGGCUUUUAUUUUUGUCUUGUUUUCAGUGAGCACCAUUUGUUCUUAUAAAGACUGACUGAUGGAGCCCCUUGGGUUAGCCACGGAGGAAAUCUGAAACCCCAGGUUUCCAGCGCAAGGCAGAUGAAAGGGUGGCAGACCUUCUUGCACCAGGGACGUGGCAGAGCUGCCGGCAAAACUCAGCGUUAAUGAAUGCAUGUCUUUUUUGCGUAUGAAUUUUUUCCCCUGCGAGAGCCUGGGUUGGGCCAGAGGGGGCCAUUCCUUUCCUGGCGUUAAUGUCUUCUGUCUCCUUUGCAUUUCUAGGCAGCGGACCCAUCCAACUGUGGCAAUUCCGGCUGGAACUGCUCACCGACAAGUCUUGUCAAUCCUUCAUCAGCUGGACGGGCGAUGGCUGGGAAUUCAAGCUUUCCGACCCGGAUGAGGUAGAGUGCCCUAGCAUUAAACGCGCAGCCCAAACGCUGCUGAGAUACUUGUGUGGCCAACCCUCCUGCCCUCCCUUCGUGGCUGCGAUUUG